GAAGCCCCGCGCGCGGAAGGACCGGAACUCCGGGCGGGUGGCUUGUUGAUAACAUGGCGGCAGCAGCUGCCCGGGCAUCCCGAGGAGGCGGCAGCGCCCACACCCGGAAGAAGGGGCUGUUUUCGGGCUAGUGCAGCGGCUCCUGCGGACCCGGAAGUCCCAGCCAGCUGCUGAAUGAGGGGAGCAGGGUCCUCCCCGCGACAGUCCCCCCGCGCCCUCCGCCCCGACCCGGGCCCCGCCAUGUCCUUCUUCCGGCGGAAAGUGAAAGGUAAAGAGCAAGAGAAGACCUCAGAUGUCAAGUCCAUCAAAGCUUCAAUAGCCGUACAUUCCCCACAGAAGAGCACUAAAAACCAUGCCUUGCUGGAAGCUGCAGGACCAAGUCAUGUUGCAAUCAAUGCCAUUUCUGCCAACAUGGACUCCUUUUCAAGCAGCAGAACAGCAACGCUUAAGAAGCAGCCAAGCCACAUGGAGGCUGCUCAUUUUGGGGACCUAGGCAGAUCCUGUCUGGACUAUCAAACUCAAGAGACCAAAUCCAGUCUUUCAAAGACCCUUGAACAGGUCUUGCGUGACUCUGUUGUCCUCCCAUAUUUCCUCCAGUUUAUGGAGCUUCGGAGAAUGGAGCACCUGGUGAAAUUUUGGUUAGAGGCUGAAAGUUUUCACUCUACAACUUGGUCCCGAAUAAGAGCACACAGUCUGAACACAGUGAAACAGAGUUCGUUGGCUGAGCCUGUCUCUCCAUCUAAAAAGCCCGAGACAAUGUCAGCAUCUUUUGUAACUGAGUCUCUGGACAAGAGGUUGGGGGAUUCUAGCUCAGCCCCACUGCUCGUGACUCCACCAGAAGGAAUUGACCUGAGUGACAGAACUCAGAACACUCAGAAUCACUUGCUGCUCUCCCAGGAAUGCCACAGUGCCCCUUCUCUCCAUCUUGAAAUGGCCAGAACAGGAGCUCCUCAAAUCUCCACAGACUCCCGAGAAUCCUCCCCCAGACUUACAGUAGCCAGUAGAAACAGCCCCUCCUCUCCACUGCGAGAACUGUCAGGAAAACUCAUGAAAAGUAUAGAACAAGAUGCAGUAAAUACUUUUACCAAAUAUAUAUCUCCAGAUGCUGCUAAACCAAUACCAAUUACAGAAGCAAUGAGAAAUGAUAUCAUAGCAAAGAUUUGUGGAGAAGAUGGACAGGUGGAUCCCAACUGUUUCGUUCUGGCACAGGCUGUAGUCUUUAGUGCAAUGGAGCAAGAGCACUUUAGUGAGUUUCUGCGAAGUCAUCAUUUCUGUAAAUAUCAGAUUGAAGUGCUCACCAGUGGGACUGUUUACCUGGCUGACAUCCUCUUCUGUGAGUCAGCCCUCUUUUAUUUCUCUGAGUACAUGGAAAAGGAAGAUGCAGUGAAUAUCUUACAGUUCUGGUUAGCAGCAGAUAAUUUCCAGUCUCAGCUUGCUGCCAAGAAGGGCCAGUAUGAUGGACAGGAAGCACAGAAUGAUGCCAUGAUUUUGUAUGACAAGUACUUUUCCCUCCAAGCCACACACCCUCUUGGAUUUGAUGAUGUUGUCCGAUUAGAAAUUGAGUCCAAUAUCUGCAGGGAAGGUGGGCCGCUUCCUAACUGUUUCACGACUCCAUUACGUCAGGCCUGGACAACGAUGGAGAAGGUCUUUUUGCCUGGUUUUCUGUCCAGCAAUCUUUAUUACAAAUAUUUGAAUGACCUCAUCCAUUCAGUUCGAGGAGAUGAAUUUCUCGGAGGAAACAUUUCACUGGCUGCUCAUGGCUCUGCCUGCCUUCCUGAGGAGUCUCACUCAGGUGGUUCCGAUGGCUCCUCUGCUCAGUCCAGUGUGAAAAAAGCCAGUAUUAAAAUUCUGAAAAAUUUUGAUGAAGCAAUAAUUGUGGAUGCUGCAAGUCUGGAUCCAGAAUCUUUAUACCAACGGACAUAUGCAGGGAAGAUGUCCUUUGGAAGAGUCAGUGACUUGGGGCAGUUCAUCCGGGAAUCUGAGCCUGAGCCUGACGUAAAGAAAUCUAAAGGAUUCAUGUUCUCACAAGCUAUGAAGAAGUGGGUGCAAGGAAAUACUGAUGAGGCUCAAGAGGAACUAGCUUGGAAGAUUGCUAAAAUGAUAGUGAGUGACGUUAUGCAGCAGGCACACUGUGAUCAACCAUUGGAGAAAUCUACGAAGCUGUGACUCAAAACCAGAGAUAAGAAAAUAUAAUUUUGAAAGAACUUUCCCCUUUGGUUGGAUUCCUGAACACAGCCAAUGAAAA